GCGUUACACUUUCUCACACUCUCCUCCUCCUCCUCGUCAUGAAAUACGGAGAGCAUGUUGCUUACGUGGCACCGGCGAUUUCCUUUACGAUUUUCGCUGUUUUUCUGAUCGUUUCCUCCGGCAGCUCUGUUUCAAAACCACCGGAGUUUGUGAUUCCUCCUGGCGUCGUUCGAUUGCAAAAUAAUUUGAUCGAUUUGAGUCCGCAACGUACCGAAAAUCGAUCCUCUGCGCCGAAUGAGAACCGAAAUCCUUCAUUUACUAGACAACGGAUACGGAAACCGGAGACGGAACUUUCGAGAGCGAGAGCUGCAAUUAGGGGAGCGGCUUCAUCAGUUAGGAACCUAUCUCAGUUGUUGCAAAACGGUGACGUUUUGUCGACUGAUAUUUAUCAUAAUCCCGGCGAGUUUUAUCAGAGCUAUAUAGAGAUGGAGAAGAGAUUUAAAGUAUAUGUAUAUGAAGAGGGUGAUCUGCCAGUUGUACAUGAUGGACCAUGUAAAGAUAUAUACACAAUAGAAGGAAGGUUUAUACAGGAAAUGGAACAUGGUAAAAGAGGACAUAGUUUCAGAACAAAAGAUGCAGAAAAGGCCCAUGUUUUCUUCAUGCCAUUCAGUGUCACCUGGAUGGUCAAGUAUCUGUAUAAGCCUGAUUCCUAUGAUCUCACCCCACUCCAACACUUUGUCUCUGAUUACAUCAGAGUUAUCUCCACCAAACACCCUUUCUGGAACACCACUCAUUCUGCUGAUCACUUCAUGCUCUCUUGUCAUGAUUGGGGUCCGCAUGCCACAAAAGGUGAUCCCAUCCUUUACAACACUUCAAUCCGGGUCCUAUGCAAUGCCAACUCAUCAGAAGGAUUCGACCCACAAAAAGAUGUCAGUCUGCCCGAAAUCAACCUCCGUCACGGCAACAUUCCACACAUUCUCUCUCUUCCACCACCAUCCUCUCCUAGACCCCACCUUGCCUUCUUUGCAGGUGGGGUCCACGGUCCAAUACGGCCCGUCCUCUUGCAACACUGGAAGGGUCGGGACCCUGAUCUUCAAGUCUACGAGUACCUCCCAAAAGGCCUAGAUUAUUACCCGUUUAUGUUAGCCUCUAAAUACUGCCUGUGUCCUAGCGGUUAUGAAGUCGCUAGUCCCAGGAUUGUUGAGGCUAUUUAUGCAGAAUGUGUGCCUGUUAUGAUUUCUGAACACUAUGUCUUGCCUUUUAGCGACGUGUUGAAGUGGGAGGCUUUCUCGAUUCAUGUUAAGGUGUCGGAAAUUCCUCAUUUGAAAGAAAUCUUGACAUCGGUGACUGAUGACAAGUACUUGAAGCUAAAGAGGAAUUUGAGAGCAGUAAGGAGACAUUUCGUUUUGAAUGAACCUGCAGAAAGGUUUGAUGUGUAUCAUAUGAUAUUGCAUUCUGUUUGGCUCAGGAGAUUAAAUCUAAAUUUAGUAUAAGAUCUCUGGUUAUAUGUUAUGGUAUAGUUAAGUUGUGAUCAGAAAUAUACUAACAGAAAAAAUAGUAAAGUUUUACA